AUGCUGAAUUAGCAUUUUUGCGAGAUUGACGAUGACAGUAAGCUCUUUGAUGUAAUAUAUAGUCUCUGAUGCAACAUCCUUUGAAGAGUCUAUUUAAAAGAGAUGUAUGACAGCUCCUCCAAGACCAUUAACCGAUUUAGAGGAAUUUAAGAGGUAAAGUUGUAAAGACAUAUGAAGAUCAGAGGAAUAUGAGGCCCUUGAAAAAGCAUAUAGAAGCUAAAGCUAAUUAAUAUAGAGAGAUUAUUAGAAAUAUGAUUUAGACAAUCCUGAAGGAUAGCACAGUUGUAAGAAAUUUCUGUACCAUCUUGAAAAUAUGUGUAAAGUAUUUGAUCAAAUAACCCACAGGUGUAUAAAGUGAGUGCAGUAUCAAGGGAAUAUCGAGACACAUUUUCAAAAGCUUACAAAAUUCUGUACACAGAUGGUGAGUUGUGUUACUUGACUGAAAUUCUUGACAGUGCAUAGGAAGGUAAAAUUGAACAUUGAAACUGUAGGCUUUCCUUAUUUGUGGGUUAAUUCUGAAAAAUAUUCGUUUUCAGCUGAUGUUUUGGAUGCUGGAGUGCGGUUAGUGGAGGCUUUUUAUAAAGUAUAACAUGUAAUCAGAUACACAUAUUCUGGCACUCUAUAGGAGAGUCCCGACUUUUCUUCUUCAAAAUUGAAAGAUGAAAUUCAAUUAUUGUUGGAGAAUUUCGAUAUCAUUUGGGUUAACUUUGAGAAAGUACUGUAAAUUGAUAAUUUAGUAUUACGUUAAGGAAUUAAUGUAGAUAGAGGCAGAAGCUCGACGAUUUAUACUAAAAGCAAUAGAAAUUGAUAAGGAAAUGAUCUCAAUUGAAGUGCGAGAAAAACUGAAGGGGAGAAUCCUUGUGACUUGUGAGAAUUAUCUGCAAUAAAAAGCUGAAGUAACUCACAUACUGAAGCUAGUUAUGCAAAGUGAUAGCACAGAUUAAUUCGGUCGCUAAUGUUGAAGGUAAAGGAAGAGAUGAUCUCGGCGUAAAAAUCCUACUUGAAGCUGAAGGCAUAACCAGAAGAGUUACUCGAGAGUAAUCUUAAGCUGUAAGAAAUCUUGCUGAUAGCAUCAAAAUGAAGUAGACUUGUUAUAAUAGUUAAGUUUCCAAAAGUUCAGAGAACAAAUGAGAAGAUAUGAAGGUAAUAUUGAAAUGGUCGAUCCUCAAUUGAAAAACAAUUAGGAAUUAGUUGAUUUAUUGGUUGAAUAUGAAACACAAUGGGAAAAAGGCUUAAAUUAUUUAUUGGAUCCAAAGAGAUACACACAAUUAAUGUUGUUUUCUCAUAUAAUAGAAACAUCGGCGGAGAAAUAUUCACAAUUUUAAGAACAAUUAGAAUGCAGAGAUAGUGACAUUUUUGUGGCGAUUCCAUGCUUGAUCAUAUUAAAACACCUUGAAGAUGAAGAUCGUAAUAUUUGUCUUUACUUCUUACCUAUGUUAAAUGAUACAUCUUCUAAACUCUAUCAAUCAUUUAUGAUUUUAAAACAGGAAUUCCAGGGAUGGAGAAGACAGCAUUCAAAAUCAUAUGAAUACUAUAAUAUUAUUGAAAAACUGCUUUUAGGAAUUCCUUAAUAGUAAUUUUCUGAGGAAGAAUCAAAUUAAAUCGAGAAGAUUAUGCAGAAAAUUAAAUUUCUUUCCAUUGAACUCUAGAGGCACAACGCUAUAGAAUGGAAUUUAUUCAUUGAUGCAGCAAUAAACAAUAAUUGA